UGAAGGGUCUGUCCAUCUUGAAGGCCCAAUCAUCCCUGGUCCUUAUCUGUCUCUCUUCUCGUCUCAAGCACCUUCAGAGAACAGAAAACAGAAAAUUAGCAUCACAGAAAAAUGGUACCUUUUUCUUGCUCACUAGCCCUAUCACAGACGUCUGUAUCCAAAUUCAUAUCAGAUCAACCUUUCCUCUCCACGAUAAGGGAACAUUGCACCACCAUGAAAGAUCUCCAUAGCAUCCAUGCCCAGCUUAUAAAAACAGGCCUCGCCAAGGACCCAAUUGCUGCUAGCCAAGUCCUAGCCUUCUGCACGUCUCGUUCUGGAGGUGACAUCAACUAUGCUUACUUACUAUUUACACAAAUCGAAAAUCCGAAUCUCUUCAUAUGGAAUACCAUCAUCAGAGGCUUUUCUCAAAGCUCCACUCCACAAAAUGCAAUAUCCCUUUUUAUUGAGAUGCUGGUUUCUUCUCCUAUACAACCUCAAAGGCUAACUUACCCUUCUGUUUUUAAGGCCUAUGCUCAACUGGGUCUAGCCCACGAUGGAGCGCAGCUUCACGGGAGAGUUGUGAAACUUGGUCUACAGUGUGAUCAGUAUAUAAGAAACACUAUCCUUUAUAUGUAUGCAAACUGUGGGUUAUCAAGUGAAGCAAGAAGGAUGUUUUAUGCGGAUAAGGAUUUUGAUAUUGUUACAUGGAAUUCCAUGAUUAUGGGCCUGGCUAAGAGUGGAGAAGUAGAUGAGUCUAGGAAGCUGUUUGAUAAAAUGCCAACAAGAAAUACGAUUACUUGGAACUCUAUGAUUAGUGGGUAUGUAAGGAAUGGAAGAUUUAUGGAUGCAAUGGAUCUAUUUUACAGGAUGCAAGAAGAAAGGAUCAAGCCCAGUGAAUUCACGAUGGUUAGCUUGUUGAACGCUUGUGGUCGUUUGGGAGCUAUUCGACAAGGAGAAUGGAUUCAUGAUUACUUGAAGAAUCAUUUUGUGAUGAAUGUCAUUGUUGUUACAGCCAUUAUAGACAUGUACUGCAAGUGUGGGGGCAUCAAUGAGGCUUUGCAAGUAUUUGAGGGUGCCCCAAAGAAAGGAAUAUCAUCUUGGAACUCCAUGAUUCUGGGGCUUGCUAUGAAUGGCUAUGGAGAUGAAGCAAUCCUAUUGUUCACAAAACUUGAGUCUACAAAUCUAAAACCGGAUUAUGUUAGUUUUAUCGGUGUCCUCACGGCUUGUAAUCAUUCUGGAAAGGUGGAUCUAGCAAAAGACUAUUUCUUGUUAAUGAUAGAAAAAUAUGGGAUUAUGCCAUCGGUAAAGCACUAUAGUUGCAUGGUUGAUGUCCUGGGCGGAGCUGGACUCCUAGAAGAGGCAAAAGAAGUGAUAAAGAGUAUGCCGUCAAAGCCAGAUUCAAUCAUAUGGGGUUCUCUACUCUCAGCUUGUAGGAAGCAUGGAAAUUUAGAGAUGGCAAAACUUGCAGCGAAGCAUGUCAUUGAGUUUGAUCCAUGUGAGAGCUCCGGUUAUGUGCUUAUGUCAAAUAUUUAUGCUGCCUCUGGACAGUUUGAGGAAGCAAUAAAACAAAGGCAUUACUUGAAAGAGAAGCAGAUGGAGAAAGAGCCUGGAUGUAGUUUGAUUGAAGUGGAUGGAGAAGUUCAGGAGUUUAUAGCUGGAGGAAGAUUAAAUUGCGAGGCCCAAGAGAUUUACCAUCUACUUAAUGAUGUUUGAUGGUCAUUGAAGAAAGUUAUUAUCCUCUUGAAUUCAUUGGUGAGGAUACUAUAAACAAAGAUACAUGGUUCGAGCUAUAUAUAAAAUGUAUGCUUGCUCUUAUGCAAGUGCAAUUAAUACAUAUAUGACGCCUGCUUAAACUUUUGGAUUAUAACAACUGGAUGUGUAGCACUUUUGUUAAUUAAUUUUAUUUGUCACUUCUCUA